CCGAGUGUGGCUCGUAGACGGUCGGGCUCGGCCCGUUCGCGGGAGUACAAAGAGGAACGCCCCGCACCCUCCAGCGAGCGCAGGAGUUCGUGUCCAGACUCCAGAGGCGGAAGGCAGGCGAGCGAGGAACCCUAACCCUAACGAGGAGGCAAUCCCAGAUCCCGCAAGGCAGCGACGAUGUCGGCGCUUCUUCGACAGGGGGCGAGGAGGAUCUGUGGCGCCGUGCUCCAGCGAACCCGGGCGGCGGUCACUUCACCGGCGGUUGCGGUGGAGCGACGCCGGAUCGUGGCAAGUCGCAUGUACAGUACCGAGGAGCAAGGUCAUGUGGAACUUGUGCGUGAGAUCCAGAAGAGGAAAGACGAGCUCUAUGAUUUGAUUGCCAAGGGGGAGAGGAAUUGUAAGACUAGUAGCUGGUGGGACGCUUUCCUCCUCGCGCGUCUUUGUAAAGAUGUCACCCCAAGACCUUCUGACUGUGACUGGCGCGACCUGAAGUCCUCAACAAGUGCUAUCAGCGGGAUCAAGAGAGCAGGCUUCUUUUCAUUAGCCUUUUUGGCCGUGGAUUGUUACAAUGGUUCUUCUAACGACGAGAAGGUAGCUCCAGGCACGAUCAUGAAAGAAGAGCAUGAAGCAAGCGAAGUGGAGACAGGAUCUCACCUGAUGGGGAUGGGGAACUUGUUUUGAUGCCAGAAGACGCAGCGAAGACUGAAGACAACGUGCCUUUAGAUGAAGAAGCAGCAGGCCCUUCAUUAGAGGGAUGCCAACCUGUUAAAUUAUUAUUACUAUUAUUCUGAUGGGUGCUCUUGGAAUGUUUUAUGAUGCGCUAGCUAGACCCCGAGUACAAACCUAUCUCCGGUGGAACUGCUAUAUUUGUGAUGAUGUUGUGUGACAUGCUACGUUAUGGCACUACAACAUUCUAAUCUAGAUUAUGUGCUGAGUUGGUUGUUUU